CUAGAGCAAAAUGAAAACUCCUACAAGCUUUAACCAGUGCUUUGCUGGACACUGAUAGACGUCACAAGACUGCUAUAUACAGCUGAUGAAAAAAGGUAUUUAUCAGUUUAUAGUUACUAAAAUAAUUGCACUUCCAUGUGUAUACUGUGGGAGACCAGAUAUAGUGAAUGCAGGGUCGGGGAGACCAGAUAUAGUGAAUGCAGGGUCUGGGGAGACCAGAUAUAGUGAAUGCAGGGUCGGGGGAGACCAGAUAUAGUGAAUGCAGGGUCCUGGGAGAUCAGAUAUAGUGAAUGCAGGGUCCUAGGAGACCAGAUAUAGUGAAUGCAGGGUCCUGGGAGACCAGAUAUAGUGAAUGCAGGGUCCGGGGAGACCAGAUAUAGUGAAUGCAGGGUCCUGGGAGACCAGAUAUAGUGAAUACAGGGU